CACAUAUCAAUAUUUAACACAAUGUGGAUCUCUUGAAGGGAAUAAUUAAAAAGUAUAUAACUAUAUUAUACUAAAACAGGAUAGAUUUCAAGAUGCAGUUAUCAUCUACGGCAUAUGGGAGUUUUUUAUCAAAUGUUUCUACGUUAACAACAUCAGUUAUAGUUUGUAAAGCAACACAGAAAUUAACAUCAGAAUUUCAAUAUAUUAUGUCUCAAGCAGUUUAUCCUUUGUCAAAAUUCAUGGAAUAUAUUACAUAUAGUUAUAUGAUUGAUAAUGUAAUUCUUUUAAUUACAGGUACAUUACAUGAACGUGAUACUCAUGAAUUAUUGGAGAAAUGCCAUCCUCUUGGUUGGUUUGAAACGAUGCCUACACUUUGUGUAUCAAAAGAUAUUGAAGAAUUUUAUAAUAAUGUGAUUAUAGAUACACCACUAGCCUUAUAUUUUAAAGAUUGUCUUUCAGCAGUUGAUUUAAACGAGCUUAAUAUAGAAAUUAUAAGAAAUACUUUAUACAAAGCAUACUUGGAAGAUUUCUAUGCCUUUUGUAAAACACUUGGUGGAACUACUUUUGAAUUGAUGUCAAACAUUUUAAAAUUUGAGGCAGAUCGUAGAGCAAUCAAUAUUACUUUAAAUUCUUUUUCUACUGUUCUUACGAAAGAAAUACGUAGAAAACUAUAUCCUACAAUUGGCAAUUUAUAUCCAGAAGGCACAUAUCUUUUAUCUUCUGCGGAAAAUAUAGAAGAUGUUAAAUUAGCAAUAAAAGGAGUCCCAGAGUAUUAUUCUUUUUUUAAAAAUGAUACUUCAAAUGAAAAUAAGAAAAGUCUUGAAGAUAUUUUUUCUGAAAAAGAAGCAGAAUUAAACAAGCAAACAUUUGUACAGCAGUUUCAUUUUGCUACUGUUUAUGCGUGGGUAAAACUAUUCGAACAAGAAAUUAGAAAUAUAGCAUUUAUUACUGAAUGUAUUACACAGAACCAACAAAAUUAUGCAACAUUUGUUUCUGUAUUUUGAAAUGUGUUAAACAUUUUUUCUAUAUUUCUAUGCAGAUGAGUUGUCA